AUGCAUUUUUUCUGUUUGCUAAGCAUAACUCUCGUUGGACUUGCUUAUUCAUGGCCAGAUCCAGAAUGUAGACUACCUCGAUUAGCUACUAAUUAUACUAUUGAACAGUACGCAGGUCGAUGGUUUGAAGUUGGCAAAAUACAAACGCCCGGUGGAGCCUAUUUUGAAAAAGGUUGUGUCUGCACUCAUAUUGAUGUUAGUCCUACAGUUCAAGAUCCUACGAUAGUCAAUGUAUCGAAUAUUUGUAAUAAAAAUGCACCCGAUGGACCAUUAGUUGUCUCCAAUCAAACAUUGACAAGUUCAAUAAAACCUGCAAAUGGUCGAUAUAAUGCAUCGUUUCUACCGGGUCUACCUAGUGCAGCCUAUAAUGUCAUUGUUUUACAACGAGAUGAUUAUAGCGUGGAAUAUGAUUGUCUUCGUGAAUUUGGCAUCACAAAUUAUUGUGUUCAUAUUCUAUCACGUAAGCAGACAUUGAAUGCGACAAUUGUUAACAAUAUUUUGAAGCUUGUACAAGAACUUGAUUUGAAUACAGCGAAACUUGAAUAUGUUCAAACAAAACAACAAAAUUGUCAAUACGCGAGCUGA